GAUCUGCUUGACAUGGCCAUCUCCAGUGGCAUUCCUGGGGCAGCAGCUAACCUGGAGCUUGCCCUACACUGCCUGAAUGAGGCGCAGGGCAAUGUUCCGGAGGCUCUGGAGAUGUUCCAGUCAGGGCAUCCUCAGACACCUCAAGGCCAUCCCUUGGCUGAUUAUCAUUAUGCAGGCUCUGAUACAUGGACACCUCAUGAGAAGGAGUCAUUUCAAAUGGCUUUUCAUACCUAUGGGAAGGAUUUUCAUCUCAUCCAAAAGGAGGUAAAGCCACUGGACAUUAUUUGCCCUAAUGGACAAUUACAAUGGAAUGUUGAUUAUUUCUGGUACCAAAUACCAGAAUUCAGUAUCUCUCUUCUCAAAUACUAAAAGUAUUAAAAUAAUAACAAAAUGGUACACUGACUGCCUGUGUGAAAGGUGUGAU